UCAUCAAAAUUACAAAUAUAUUAAUGGGGCAUCACUCUUGCUGCAACCAGCAGAAGGUGAAGAGGGGGCUGUGGUCGCCGGAGGAGGACGAGAAGCUCAUUAGGUACAUCACCACCCACGGCUACGGCUGCUGGAGCGAGGUCCCCGAGAAAGCAGGGCUUCAGAGAUGCGGGAAGAGUUGUCGUCUGAGAUGGAUAAACUACUUGAGACCGGAUAUUCGAAGAGGGAGGUUUACACCUGAGGAGGAGAAGCUCAUUAUUAGCCUCCAUGGCGCUGUAGGCAACAGAUGGGCACACAUAGCUAGCCAUUUACCUGGAAGAACAGACAACGAGAUAAAAAACUACUGGAACUCAUGGAUCAAGAAGAAAAUCCGAAAAUCCUCCUCAUCUUCUUCCUCUUCAACAUCACCACCAACAACAAUUACACAUAAAUCCGAGGCCCAAAACCCUCAAUUAUUCACAUUCACACAAACCCAACAACACCUAGACUUAUUCAACCAAGAUCACUACUCCACAAAACCACACGAAACCCUAUCACCACUCCUCACUUCCUCAUUCAUGUUCGAGAUAAACCAUUCACUAGAACCUCCCAUCUUCCAAGAAACAGCCGCAUUGAGCUCAGAGACACCAUGGCAACUGCAACCCACGCCAGAAAUAGCUCAGUUCACCGCCAUGCCACCAUUAAUAGACCCCAUCGAGGCGCAAAACUCAUGUGGCCCGAUUAACGACUGCAUGCAGAGAAAUCAUGAGAUGAAUGAAUGGGUGGUUGAUGCACAGCAAUGCCCUAACUAUUUCUUUUGGGAUCAGGUGGGAGGGCAGAUAGGCGGGGAGGAGAUAAUUAUUCCGGCCACCGGGAACAUGAACACGAUCAUUUCUUCCUCUUUUCCUUCGCCUCUCUGACUUGAGUUAAUCCGGCCGUGCAUGGGAGUGAUUUGAUUUUAAUGUCCUCUUCUGGUUAAAUUUAUUUGUUUUAUUUCUGAUUUUUUGGACGGAUUUUUAACCUUUUUAUGUGAUGGUGGAGAGAGAGGGAGGAGGGGUGGCAUAUAUGUAUUGCACAAUGUACUUAACUGAAUAGUUUUCUGAUUUUCUUUGUGUAAAGGAGACUUUAAAUUGGAGAAGAAUGAGGAUGCAUGAUUGAAAAUA